AUGACCUCGGGUGGUGAUGAGGAGCUGACCCGCGGCACUGACCCGCCCCCCGUUCCCUGGAAGUCUCCGGUGGCGCUGCGAGUUGGCGCAGUGGGCUUCGGUGUGGGAGUCGGCUGCGGAGCUGGCGUCGGGUUCGGAAAGCCUCUCAAUUUGUAUGCCAUCCCUGGAGUGGGCCAAGUGGUGAGCGGCAUUGGCGAUGGCCUCUCCUCACUUUCAUCGAUGGUGGGGUUCAGUGGCGGUGUCCCGGUCCGCAAGGCUCUGCAGCGACUGGGUGUGAAAGGCCUGGAUGCAGGAUUUGGCUGUGGUGUCGGAAUUGGCUAUGGCUUUGGCGCCGGGCUGAUGGUGAAGCCCAGCUUCCUUGAGGACACCAGCAGGAAACUGCGGGAGUUUGCAGACAGGACCAUGUCGAAUUUGGGCGUGAAGCGUCGGGCGGCGAAUGGCCCGAGCACAGUGGGUCUACGUGGGUCAGAGGGCCUCAUGGGCGUUGACUCUGUGCAAAAGUUCAACGCGGCCAACACAACGGCGUUAACUGGCGACCCACGGGGGCAUGACAGAG